GAAGUUUGAGAACGUAUGUUUUUUUUUUCAGAGGUCUGAUGGACAUACAGACACCAGAGUCAUCACGAACUGUGCUGGGUUAAGAGAUUUCGGUUAUUAUAUCAGAUAUCCGGUUUCAAGUGUAUUUUAAUGUACCGCGGCUGACAGAAGAUAAAAGCCUGGUUUGGAAUGGAAUGGAUCUGCCAGAGGAGAUCCUUGCACAUAUUUUUUCCUUCCUGCCUUUACAGGACAAAUGCAAUGCAUUUACUGUUUGUAAGGCUUGGUCUAAUAUCAUGACACAUCCAAGCUCAUGGAAAGAUACUGAAGUCAGGUGUGAGUCAGGAACCAUCGUCCCUGACAGAUAUUCUGCUCUUCUGCCACUGGUCAGAAAUUUGAAACUGAGACUGUGUCUGACCGACCCAGCCAAUCGCAAAACAGCGCUGCGGGUGCUGCGGCAGGCAGUUGCCAGGGGUGACGGUCGGCUGGAAGGACUUUCCAUCUGCUGUGUGGGGAACCCUCUCUUUUAUGCUGGUCAGGACCUGCAGCAAGGCUUAGUGGACAUACUGACGAACGGGUCGUCCCUAACCGUCCUCGACCUAAAGGGUGUGCCCUUCACCCUCAGCGACUCAUUCGUGAGGAGCGUGGCCAUGCUUUGCCCUGCCCUACAAAGACUAUACAUCAACAAUCACUCUCUGGUGUGUGGCGUCAACGCAGAAACGCUAAGGCAAGCUCUGAAAUUCUGCCAGUCACUUAGCGUGCUUGGGGUUUUCCAGGCCAGUCUCUCACAAGACGUCUUUAAAGAUCUCAUGUUGCCUGAACGACCAGCACUUAAGAAACUAGAGCUCCGUUGCUAACGCUCGCUCAAAUACACCGUGCCUCUCUGUGACCAGAUAUGGCUGGAGUUAAAACGUAGACACCCUGGUCUCUGGGUGGAACUUGAGCUGGACCACACCCUUCCUGAACUGCACGUUCCAGGAGUCCUGCAGCCCAGCAUCCCCGUCCGAUGUCUUCGGCUGCUCACUUGGACUUUGCUGUUGAAUGAGGUUUGCAUAGUCAGGCAGAGUUACGCAAACACACUAGAGGUUCUGGAGCUGCAGACAAUCCCGUCUCCUGAACUUAACUCCGAGCUGAUAGCUUUAGCGGAGCAGUGCGUCAAGAUUCAAGAGGUUCACUGCUAUUGCGUGGUUUCGCAGGAAGUAAUAACAGCGUUUAUCACGAACUGUCCAAAUCUCUGCAGAUUCACGCUCAAAACGCAUAAAGAGCCUCACCCAUGGACCUCCACUAAACUAAAGUAACGCUUUCAAGUGCUCUUGCACUAUUUUUAGGUCUAAUCAAAUAACUGUAUUUGGGCUACUGGUUGUGUGAAAUCCUUUUUCAGAUCUGAUGUUCUUGUUUCUGUUUAAGCGGAAGACGCUCUUUGGAUCAUUCUCAAGUGAUGAUGGACGGUGUGACCAUCAGGUUUAGUUCAUGCAGCUCAAGUGCAGAGACAAACCAAAUAUUAAGAUAUUCAAAUACAUUUUUAAAUUAAACUUCACGCAAAUGUUAAAAGUUUAAAUAUAUUUAGCUUGAAAUCACUUAAUAAAAUAUAAUUCUCUCAAUAAUUAUUCAGCCUCGUAUCAUUCCAAACAUACACAAAUAACAUUGUUCUGCAGAUCACAAAAGAAGAUAUUUUGAGCAUCGGGAACCGACUUUAUUUCUUAAAAUAUAUCUUUUUUUUUAAAGCUAUGAAGAAAAAAAAUACAUACAGGUUACA